UACAGAACAAUAUCGACAUUGGUGAUACUCCGAAGAUGUGCCUUGGCCGAUCCAGCACGAACAUCUCAGUAUUUAAUAAAAUCCCGAAUUAUUAAUAUUAUACGACCACCAGACUCUAAGACACCGGUUUGAACGUUUAAUAGGAUCCGCAAAGUUUCUUGUGAAUCAACGGGUCAAAAUAUUGAACUAGUGCAGUGGAUACUAUUUGCAGUUUACCGAGAAAUCUGGUUGGUUAACCAGGCUGGAAGGGAUUCUAUCACAGGCCAUCAUAAAGUCAUCAAUAAUAUUAUUGCUGAAUUUUUGUAUAUUUCUAGUAUGGACUAUAAAAAUCUUACGUAAGAAGCAGAAAAUUUGGUCGGAAUUGAUCUGACCCCGCCUGUUUCAUCUGCACCAUCCCUGAAAAUUAGCAAGUGCGACGUCAAUGCUAUUACAUUUUGUGAUGAGAUCAUGGCUGACAAAUCAAAUGAUGGUCUAACUGGCUCUAAAAAGUGCAGCAGCAUUGAUUACAUCAGUCAUGCAGAACAUCGGGCCACUUUGAAAUAUCGUGAUAAUGCGAACAACCCUGUUACGGGCACGAACCCAGUUAUCUUAGCUUGUAAGCAAAAUAAGGUAAAAACUUUAGAGCGUCUACUUGGGAAUUGUGAUAAAACCCCUUGUCAUUUAUCUAUCAGAGGAACUACUAUAUUACCAGAUGAUGAGGAUGAAACAUGUCACAAUGCAUUUUAUUAUGCUGUUCGUUCAGGAAGUGUUGAGCUCCUUGAGACGCUCAUUAGUAAAUGGCCAGGCAAUUAUUUCGCUAUUCAUACCCGCAAAUUAGAUGAACUGCUUUCAAGAGCAUAUGCUGAUUUGAAACUAAAAAACGUGCCAUUAUCAGAAAAAAUACAACUUUUUGUCGAAGAGGAGCUAAUAAACCUUAGGUUUUUUUGUGAGGAUCCUCAGCAAGACGAAAAUGUCGAAAAUCUAUUUAUUCAAAUCGGAGAGCGUAUUGAGUUAGUACUUCAAAACAUGUCCUUAUUAAACAAAUAUUACGCAAACGGAGAAAAAGUAGAUGAAAAGUUUUUAUUUAUUGCAAAAUUUAUUGCUCAAAACAUUCACAUAUUGAAACGUCGGUUGAAGUCAACUUAUAAUAUCUUGCCUUGGGAAGAAAUGGAAUUUUGCAUAGUUGGUUUUGUCUCUUCUCAUAUGAAACAAAAAGAAAUUAAUCUGUUCUAUAAUGCCAUAUUGAAUAAAAACAAAAUUCUAGCCUACAUGAAAACGUUUUCAAAGAUACUUGAAGAAGCAAAAGAUAAUUUGAAAGAUAUAAAUAUAGGGACAUUUCAUAUUUUGCCAAACUUAAAACGUGAGAAAGCGGUAGCGAAGAUUGUUAGCACUUGUCCUCAAUUGGAAGAGCUGUAUAGCGACUACCAACAAAUUAGAGAUAUCGAAUCGUUAGAGAAAAUUAGCAGAUAUGUGAACGUGGCAUUGUCGGCUGAUCCUAAGAAGAGGGAGGGACAGUUAAUUGUUACAAGAACUUUGCAAGUUAUCGGUGAACAUUUUAAAAACACCCUUGAAUCUCCUAAAUUAUCCAACACGACAAGCCAACUGCUUUUGCAAGUAUUGCCAAAGGAUACACGACAGAUAAUUACGUCUUUGCGUAAUUCAUUAUCACAUGCUUAUUCACUCUCUAAGAGAAUAGAAAUUGAAAAUAAUGCACCAGAUAAGUUUUUCACCGGCAUUAAAAAUGAUAUUUCAAAGAUUGACAAAGUAAUUACCGAUAUUCUUUAUAACAACAAAAUUAGAAUGAUCAGAAGGUUACUAAUGGAAAUUGUUAACAGUGAAAGCUAUGCCGAUAUAAAGGAAGUUCUUGGAAUCUUUAGUAACGUUGAUCUAGAUAGGCAGGUGCUAGCAGAUAGUGUAAAAAUAAUUGGGCAUGAUAAGCUUGAAAAAAUCAUCAAUGAAUUAAACAAUUCUAUAACUGACAAAACAAUUUAUGAGAAAGCGCUGUUUACUGAAAUCGAAAGCAUAAUUAAUUUUGCCAACACUAAAUUGAAAAAUAUCAAAACUGAUUUCGUUAAGGUGGUCGGAAUAUUGGAGGUGUUGGCUGAGUUCAAAUGGAAAAAAAUGACCGAAAAUGAUAUUCGAUGCGUUAAACUCUUUGCUAAUGGAAUACUACAGGAUAUGUUCACCGAACUAGAGUCCCACAAUCUAAAAAAAAUUGCGGAUUUGGUAUUGAACAUUUUUAAAAGUUGUAUGUCAAGAAAACAUGGCAACCUUGAUCAAGUAAAUAUUUUAUUUUGUGAACUAGUUUUCGUUUUUGAAUUUCAAACAACCGACCUAAGGUGGAUUGAAGAAUUUAAACGCAAGUUGAAUGAGAAAAUGUCCUUUAUUUUUGAACAUUCACACACUACAAAUUUUAAUACAAGAGGGGAACAUUAUAAUAAUCAGCUUGAACUAAAGCUAUCUGAACUUAAAAACAUUUUGAGAAAUAAUUCAUUAGAUGACAGUUUAAUUGAAACAAUUUCCCAGUACAAGACGAAUGAAAAGUUGCAAGUAAUAUUAGAAAUGCUUCUUUUAGAUAUAUUGUCAAUCAUGCCAGAUAAUUCCAAAAAGCAGCGAAAGACCAAACAACAUUUUUUAGACAAUAUUGUUCCUUUAUUAACUGGAAAAUGGUUGCGUGAUCAUUUGGCACACUACAACACCAUAGUAGAUGUAUUGUUAUCUGAUCCCACAAUAUUGCUUAUUCUAAACGCUAAAAAACUGAUUUUAGAAGGCGUAAAAGAAAGUAAGAAAAAUAUUGACAAAUUGUUCAUAGAGAAUCUUCCUAAACUGAAGGAUAAUUAUGAAAAAGAUCUUACGGCUCUUACUGUUCAAGAAAAAAUGUUUGAUGCAGCGAAGAAAGGUAAUCUGGAAAAUCUAAAGAUGUAUCUUCAAAAAGGAGCAGAUAUUAAUGCUAGAAGUAUUAACGCAUGGACUACAUUACAUUUUGCUGCUUCUGGGGCAAGUCUUAAUGUCGUAAAAUUUGUGAUUGAACAACAACUAUGUGUCGACGUUAAAGAUGUAAAUAAUCAAAGUCCGCUUCAUAUUGCUGCUACACAUGGAAAUAAAAUUAUUGUUGAUUUUUUUAUUAGAGAAACAGAUAUACAUGUUGAUGUUGUAGAUAAUGCACACAAAACACCACUGCAUUUUGCAUCUGCGAAUGGUCACAACGACAUUGUAGAAAUUCUGGUAAAAAAUCAUGCAAAUACUAGUGCUAAAGAUAGUGUAGGGCUUUCGCCUUUGCACUAUGCCAUAUACAACAAUCAUGUUGCUAUUGCUAAGUUUUUGCUGGAAAAAGAAGACACUGUCGAUAUUAAUGAGGCGAUGUCUGGAUUUACGCCACUACAUAUAGCUGCCGAAAGUGGUUCUCUCGAAUUAGUUAUUUUUUUAUUAGACAAAGGAGCAAAUGUUAAUGGCAGAAGCGAUGAAGGAGCUACACCAUUAAAUGGAGCAGUACGGAAUGGCUAUCUAGAAGUUGUGAAUGUUUUGAUACUGAAGGGCGCCAAUGUUAAUUCCAGAUUUAUAGAUGGUAGUACGCCAUUAUACAUUGCAAUAGCGAACGGCCAUGAGAAAAUAGCUAAUGUGUUACUGAAGGCUGGAGCUAAUGUUAAUGUUGUUGAUAGAGUUUGUAAUCAAACACCAUUACACUACGCCGCACGAUUCGGGUAUGAAAAUAUUGUUGAAACUUUACUGAUGAAUAAGGCAAAUACUGAUAUUGCUACAAACGAAGGCGUGACUCCAGCACAUUUAGCAGCACAGGGUGGACACUCAAAGGUAAUUGCCACUUUACUCCAGAAUAAAGUUAACAUUUUCCGUAAAGAUAACAGUAAGUGGACACCGUUGCAUUAUGCAGCAGAAAAUGGUCAUACGACUGUUGCUCAUCUUUUAAUACAAAAUGGAUUAGCUGUAAAUGAUAAAACCAUUUAUAGUGCAACACCAUUACAUAUUGCUGCUCUGCAAGGUCACAAGGAGUUUGUCGAACUUUUACUUAAGAAUAAUGCUCAAAUUAGUGGUCGAGAUUGGGUUGGCAAUACACCACUACACGCAGCUGUAUCACACGGUAGCAAUGAUAUCACUGCUCUUUUAAUUAAAAACAAAGCUGAAGUUGAUGUGAGAUCUAAUAAUGGCACGACUCCAUUGCAUUUCGCAGCUAGAAGAGGACAUAAAGAUGUUACUGCUUUUUUAAUCGAAAAUAAAGCUAAAGUUGACACCGCGGCCAAGUAUGGUUUUACACCUUUGCAUGCGGCUAUUGCAGGAGGCCACAAAGAUAUUGUGAUCCUUUUAAUAAGAAAUAAAGUCAAUGUUAACGUGAGAGAUUCUGCAGGUGGGACGCCGUUACUCUUGGCUGUUGAAGCUGGCCAUAAAGAAAUCGUCGAUAUUUUGAUAGCUAACUAUGCCAAUGUUAAUUUUCAGAGUGACAACCGAACACCAUUGGUUUCUGCAAUUCAACAUUAUUACAAAGAGAUCGCCGCAGUUCUUAUCGAAAAUGGAGCCAGUGUUAAUGAAGAACAAGGAGCAGCUUUAUUGAUGGCAGUGCUGGCUGGUUAUAAAGAUCUUGUGAAGCUAUUGCUGAAACAUAAUGCCCGUGUUGAUUUCAACGUGGGUGAAAAUGCUACAGUAUUGCAUGCGGCUGCCAAAAGAGGCCAUAAAGAGAUAGUAAAUGAUCUAUUGGCAAAGGGUGCCAAUGCUGACGCUAGGGAUAACCAUGGAUUAACACCAUUAUAUAUUGCAGCAUCAGAAGGCCACGAAUACGUUGCUGAAGUUUUAAUAGCAAACCGUGCCAACGUUAACUUUGUAAACAUGGAAGGCGCUCCAUUACACAGAGCUGCUGCUUUUGGCCAUGUCAAUGUUGUUUCCGUUCUAUUAAGGAAUGGAGCAAAAGUUGAUAAUAAAGACAAGAAAAAGAGAACGGCUUUAGAAUUAGCAGUUGCACGUAAUCAUUUUGAAGUGGUGAGAUUGUUAAUGGGGCACAAACCGGUAGAUAUGAACUCUAAAGGCAAUGAUGAUUUUACGUUACUUCACAUUGCUUCACAAGAAGGCAACUUAGAAGUGGCAAGCUAUUUAGUAGAUAAAGGAUGUAGCAUUGAUGCUAGAAAUAAUGCAGGUUCAAAGCCAAUACAUAUUGCGGCCAGGGAAGGCCAUGAGGCCACUGUGAAAUAUUUUCUUAGCAAGGGAUUAAGUGUUAAUGAGCUUGGUGCAGCUAAUCAGACAGUAAUACACUAUGCUGCAAUGACAGGUCAGUUAAAUGUUGUGAAAUUUUUAAUAAUGCAAGGUGCGAACAUUAACGCUAAGGAUUUAAAUUGCUGUACGCCUUUGCAUCUAGCUGCUGAAAAUGGUUAUAAAGACGUUAUUCAAGUUUUAUUACAAAAUGGUGCAAUCUAUAAUGCUGUUACUAGCAGUUGUCUGAGACCAUUGGACAUUGCAAGGAAUCAAGAUGUUAUCUACCUAUUAGGGUUAAUUGAUCAAUUGUUUAACUCUGUCAAACGUAAUAUAUCUUUAGAUGUUGAAACUCACAUUAGAUCAGGGGCAGUAAUUAAUUCAAAAAAUGCGAACAACUUGACGCCAUUACAUUAUGCUACCUGGAAAGGCUAUCAUGACGUUGUAAAAAUUCUAUUACGGAAUAAAGCCAACAGUAAUAUGGUCGAUGAGAAGAAUUUUACUUCAUUGCAUUAUGCCGUCAAAUUCUCACAUUUAGAAAUUGUAAAAACUCUACUGUCCUAUGGCGCAAUAUAUAAUGCAGUGUCUGCCAGCGGGAAAACACCAUCAGACCUCAGUGUAGAUGCAGAUAUUACUAGUUUACUUAAAUUAAUCAGUGAUUGCUUUGAAAAGGUUGAAGCUCGUAAAACAGUGGUCAUUAAGGACUUGAACAAAAUAAAGCAUAUUGACAAGGUAAAAUCAGUGAUGGGCGCUCGUAAUAAGGAGAACAAAACUUUGGUGGUAGUUGGAAUUCAGAGCAAAUUUUCCAAAGUCGCGGAAUUGAAGCAAAUAUUUCAAGUUGAUGUAUCCGCUCAAAUUCAUGAGGCUUAUAAACUUUUGGAGCUAGGAAAUUACCAACGAGCGUUAAAAAUGUUCAGAAGUGCAUUGGAACGUCGUAAAGAGAUAUUUGGACCAGACAAUCCAAGCACGCUAGAUAUUCAAAGAUAUAUAGCCCUUACUUUAUAUAAACAAGGACAUUACCAAGACGCUUUAAAGAUUUUUAUAGAUAAUUAUCAGAAAUUACAAGACAUGUUAGGUUUGCAUAAUCCCACUACUUUAGAAACGAGAAGUAAUAUCGCUUUAGUUCUACAUAGGCAAGGCAAAUAUGAAGAAGCUUUAAUAAUUUUUCGAGAAGUAUAUGAGGAACAAAGAGAAGUACUAGGCUCAAACAAUACAGAGACCGUAAAUACUAAGUUUCACAUGGCAUUGGUAUUAAACCGCCUGGGACAUUUUCAUGAAGCUUUAUGUAUAAACAAGGCAGUUUAUAAAGCUAGGAAAGAAUCUCUUGGCCCAUAUGAUAUAAACACAAUUUCUGCCCAAAAUAAUAUAGCAGUGGUUUUAGUAAGUCAACAUAAAUCUAAAGAAGCUUUGGAAAUCUUUCAACAAGUGCUUAAAAAGAAAGAAACUAUUUUAGGUAUUAAUCACAGUGAUACAUUGAGAACGUUGAGUAGCAUAUCCACGGCACUCUUUGCACAGCAUAAAUAUACCGAGGCCUUGCAAACAGCACAAAAGGUCUUAAAUAUCCAGAAAUCAGAGUUACCACCAAACCAUCCACAAGUCUUGAAUAGUCAAUAUGCCUUAGGAAACAUAUUUUUUGCUCAAGGCAAAUUGACACUAGCUCUUAAAGCAUACACAGAAUGCGUUGAUCAAAUAAAAGUUGUGUUUGGAGCGACUUAUCCGGCUGUUUCAGAUAUUUUACAAAAGAUCGAAGCGAUUAAUGUAAAACUACGUUAUUUGGGUGUCAAAUCAUCUGACGUUCUACUACAUCUUCAAAAAGACAUCAACGUUGCUGCUAGUCGAGGUGAUUUACAAACUGUUCAGCUUCUUCUAAAAGAUGGGGCUAAUUCUGAUGGAAGAACACCGUUACAUUUCGCAAUUAGCGCUGGACACAUAGAUAUUGUAAACCUCUUAAUAAAAAAUGGUGCUAGUGUCACUGAAGUUACUAACAAAGGUAAUACUCCUCUCCAUACAGCUACUUCUAAAGGUAAUAAGGAAAUCGCUGAACUUUUGUUACAACAUGUAAAGCCUAAAAAAUUAAAUAACUUUGUUAAUGCUAAAACUGCUUAUAGUGGUAGCACGGCACUGCAUGUUGCAGCUAAAGCUGGCUUCGGAGAAUUAGUCCGAUCAUUAUUGAAACAUGGUGCCGCUUAUAAAAUUGAAAACAGAGCAGGUGAAACGCCUAUUAAUAUUUCGAAGGAUCAAACCAUCACUAACCUGCUAACAAUAAUAGCAGAAUUAUUCCAGGAGAUCGUAAGUGGUAAUGUAGAAUCCAUUAACAAACUAAGAUCAGUGACAUCUGAUGACCUACUAGCUAUUACAAAUGCUCGUAAUGAUCAAGGAAACACAUUAUUGCAAGUUGCUAUAGCUAAUGGAAAAACGAAUGUGACGUAUACGUUAUUAGAAAUAUUGAAAACCCAAAAAUGAAUAGUGGAAAACCCAAAAACAAAAAUAUUGCCGUGGAGAGAAAUAUUGGGCUAUUUAUUGCUAUUCAAACUAAUCAGCCGAUUUACAUCUUGUACUAGACAUUUCAUGGGUAGGGGACAUUAUUUAAAAUUCGUUCCUAUUCCAUGCCCGAAUAUAACAUCAUUAUGCUUAACUAGUGAGUUAAUUGUAGGGAAUUAGCAAAAGUGUUUUUAACAGUGGAUUCAAUGAGACGUUUCAUCAAUGGGUAGGCCAAUUGGUCAAUGUCGAUACAUACAAGACGGGAUGCACAUGCAAUAGUUCAUUUGCAAUGUUCAAUAAAAUAGGAACAGUUAUAAAUUUUGCAUUUUUGUUAGCCACUAGAAGAGCUAUGUAUGCCCUACUAUUAAAUCUAUAUUAAUUUUAUCGUGCACCUAGCCUUAUUUGACAGUGAAUCUAAUAGGUAUUGAAGCAAUAAUUGUAAUAAUUAAAACUACUAAUUUCUCAACAAUAUACGGCAAAAAUUGACUAAAAUAUUUUCGGGUGGUUUCGAGAAUACCUAUUUUGUCAACACCUUAUGUACUCGUACUGAACUUUUGAGGUAUCGUUUGCUUAAGAAACUGGAUUUCUUUUCGUUUGUGAAAUAAGUGAUUAAAAUAAUGCUCCUUUGCUUGAAACACCACGUAUAAUUUUUCAUCUUAUUUGUUUAUUGCUAUAUCAACUGUAAGUUGCAUAUAAACUAUGGAAAGGUUCAAUAUUUUGAAAAUGCAUUUCAUGCUGUAAAGGUUUUGGCAUUGUAAAAGUUAUGUACCAGGAGAUACUUACAUUGACAUCCACACUUCUAUACCAUGUUUGUGUUACUGGUUAUUUGUAUACAUACGUUGCCAUUUAGUUAAGAUAUAAAAUAUACAGUGUGGUUAAAAUAAGGAAAUUUACAUUUAGAAAGUAUACGUAACCAAUGUUAUUUGUUAGUCGUUGUUGGUGAAUUCACGUGUUUGAAAUAUUUUUUAACGUUUUUAUAAUUAAAAGAGGAAAUCAUACACAAAAGUGUUUGCACCCUGCUUAUGUUUUUAAUUUUACUGUUAUAUUUGUUAUAAUUGCUUGAUUGGUUAAUAUUUACUUCAUAAUUUAGUAGAUAGAGUGAAGUUACUCAAUUAACGUGAAAAUAAAGUUCAAGUUGAGAUGGGUUGUUCACAAGACACAAUGUCUCAUUUACAGUAAAUUAUGCCUUUAAUAAUGUGUGGAUUCCAAAUUACGCAACACUUUGUUUUUGAAAGCACUAGUAGCUACGGGAUAGAUAGAUGGUCAGCAAAGCAGUGGCAAGUUUUAAUGCAUCGGAAACAAAUAUCAUUUGUUGACGUCGGCUAAUUUUUUAUCACAAAUGUUCAUGUAAGAAAAUUAAAAAAUGAAGGCAUUAUUUAACGUAAAUAUUUUAGCAAGUAGCACAUAUGUAUUAUUUUUACACAUUUUCAUUGAUGUGAUACUAUUAUAUUGAAUUACACUUUAUUUUCCAUA